CCAACCUGUACUGACUCACUGACUUCAAACAAAAAAAAAUGGCAGAAACUUCCUCUAGAAAACUAAUCGUCGAAGUUUGCAACGCAAAGAAUUUAAUGCCGAAAGACGGUCAAGGUACAGCAAGCGCUUACGCGAUUGUUGACUACGACGGACAGCGGCGGAGAACGAAGACAAAGUUUCGAGAUCUGAAUCCUGAGUGGGAAGAAAAGCUUGAGUUUCUUGUUCAUGAUAAUGACUCCAUGGCGGACGAAAUUUUGGAAGUUAUUCUUUAUAACGAUAAAAAGACGGGUAAACGCAGUACUUUUCUCGGCAAAGUUAAGAUUGCCGGUAGUGGAUUUGUUAAGUCCGGGUCGGAGUCUCUGGUGUAUUAUCCGUUGGAGAAACGGAGUGUUUUUUCUCAGAUUAAAGGUGAGCUUGGGUUGAAAGUUUAUUAUAUUGAUGAAGAUCCACCGGCUGUGCCGGAUGAGAAAAAACCUGAGGCGGCGGCGGCGGUAGCACCGGCUGAUGAGAAAGCACCUGAGAAUAGUGAAGUAAAACCAGAGACGGAGGUGAAAAAAGAAGAUAAGCCUGAAGAGAAAAAAGAAGAGGCUAAGAGUGUAGACACUGCAAGUACAGAAGAUAAGAAAGAAGAGAAGCCAAAUCCACCGGCGCCACCACAAGAGGACAAAGAAAAGAAACCGGAGACGGUGAAUCCACCACCAGAGCCAGCAGCAGCAGUAACACCACCACCUCCUCCGCCACCAGUAGAGGUGGAGAAUCCACCGUUAGCUCACAGUGAAAAAACAAUACAGCAGCAGAAGGACAACAAUAACGUAGUAGAAAAUGGUAAAACAUCCGAUCUCACGAUCAGCAACCUCGAGCUACGAUCACUAUCAAGCGAUCGUAGCCGAAGCGCUUACGAUCUGGUUGAUCGCAUGCCCUUUCUAUAUGUUCGUGUUCUAAAAGCGAAGAGAUCAAACUCAUCGAAUCAUCCCACAUAUGCGAAGCUUGUGAUCGGCACGCAUAGUAUCAAAACCAAGAGUGAGAGCGAUAAAGAUUGGGAUCAGGUUUUCGCAUUCGAUAAAGAAGGAUUAAAUUCGUCUUCACUUGAAGUUUCUGUUUGGACAGAAGAGAAAAAAGAAAAUGAUGAGAAAACUGAGAAUUGUCUUGGUACGGUGUCGUUUGAUUUACAAGAAGUUCCAAAGCGUGUACCACCAGAUAGUCCUUUAGCUCCACAGUGGUACAGUUUAGAGUCGGAGAAAUCGCCGGGAAAUGACGUCAUGCUUGCUGUUUGGAUCGGUACUCAAGCGGAUGAAGCGUUUCAGGAGGCUUGGCAAUCGGAUUCGGGUGGGUUAAUACCCGAGACCCGAGCGAAAGUAUACUUGUCGCCGAAGCUUUGGUAUUUGAGAUUAACGGUUAUCCAAACCCAAGAUUUGCAGCUGCCUUCGGUUACCGAACCUAAGGCUCGUAAUCCUGAGCUGUAUGUUAAAGCUCAGCUGGGCCCGCAGGUUUUUAAAACGGGUAGGACUUCUGUUGGGUCAGGCUCAUCCAGCUCAGCUAAUCCUACGUGGAAUGAAGAUUUGGUAUUUGUGGCGGCUGAACCGUUUGAGCCGUUUUUAGUAGUGACAGUAGAGGAUGUGAUUAAUGGACAGUCAGUUGGGAACGCUAAGAUACAGAUGGCAAGCAUCGAACGGCGGAGUGAUGAUCGUACGGAGCCGAAAUCAAGAUGGUUUAAUUUGGUUGGUGAUGAGAAGAGGCCGUACACAGGUAGAAUACACGUGAGAGUAUGUUUAGAAGGCGGCUAUCACGUGCUUGAUGAGGCUGCUCACGUGACUAGCGAUGUUAGAGCCGCCGCUAAACAGUUAGCUAAAGCUCCUAUUGGGUUACUAGAAGUUGGCAUUCGAGGAGCUACUAAUUUACUGCCGGUUAAAACCAAGGAUGGUACACGUGGCACUACGGAUGCUUACGUGGUUGCUAAAUAUGGGCCCAAAUGGGUUCGUACCCGUACGAUCAUCGACCGGUUUAAUCCUAGGUGGAAUGAGCAGUACACAUGGGAUGUAUACGAUCCCUGCACAGUGUUGACUAUUGGCGUGUUUGACAAUGGAAAGCCAGGGAAAGAUAUCAGAGUUGGGAAAAUAAGAAUAAGAUUGUCCACACUGGAUACUAAUCGGGUGUACCUAACUUCAUAUUCACUUACUGUGUUACUACCAAGUGGAGCCAAAAAAAUGGGAGAAAUUGAGAUAGCCGUUCGAUUCACAUGUUCAUCAUGGAUAAACAUAAUCCAAGCCUACACCACACCGAUGCUACCUAGAAUGCACUACAUACGACCAUUAGGUCCAGCUCAACAAGACAUACUGCGCCAUACAGCUAUGCGUAUAGUCACGGCUCGGCUCGCCCGGUCCGAGCCACCAUUGGGUCAAGAAGUGGUUCAGUUCAUGCUGGACAGCGACACGCAUAUGUGGAGCAUGAGGAGAAGUAAGGCUAAUUGGUUCAGAGUCGUUGGGUGUCUCACACGCGCCGCUACAUUGGCGCGUUGGCUUGACGGGAUUCGCACGUGGGCGCACCCUCCGACAAGUAUUCUAGUUCAUAUCUUGGUUAUAGCUGUUGUGUUAUGUCCACAUCUAUUGCUCCCCACCGUAUUCAUGUACGCCUUCUUGAUUUUAGCGUUCAGAUUCCGUUAUCGCCAAAGGGUCCCACACAAUAUGGAUCCGAGGGUUUCGUAUGUUGAUGUUGUGGGUCCAGAUGAGCUAGAUGAGGAGUUUGAUGGAUUUCCCACCACACGAUCUGCUGAUGUGGUUCGUAUUAGAUACGAUCGUCUUCGGGCUUUAUCGGGCAGGGCCCAGACACUUUUAGGAGAUUUGGCAGCCCAAGGAGAACGUUUGGAAGCAUUGUUUAGCUGGAGGGAUCCGAGAGCAACUGGUAUUUUUGUGGUGUUUUGCUUAUUUGCUUCAUUGUUAUUUUAUGUUGUACCAUUUAAGGUGUUUGUGCUAGGGGCGGGAUUCUAUUACUUCCGCCACCCAAGGUUCCGCGACGACAUGCCGUCUGUGUCCGUCAACUUUUUCCGGCGGCUACCAUCUCUGUCAGAUCAAAUACUGUAAUGCUGCUGUUUUUAUUGUUUCAUGUAAUGCAUUAAUAAGUUAUUGUUUUAAUAAGUUAGUAAUUUAUUUGAUUUAUUUUGAAUA